AUGCCAGCAGACGCAUACCAACAGCCCUAUAAUCAACAACAGAUGCCACCAAACCCGUAUCAACAGAAGUUCGUGAGCGACGAUACACCCUGCGCCAAAGAAGAGAAGCCACCAAACAUGUACCAACACGAAUUCGCGAGCGACGAUAGGCCUCGGUUCAAACGUGGGACACCACCAAACAUGUACCAACACGAGUUGGUGAGCGACGAUACACCCUGCGCCAAAGAAGAGAAGCCACCAAACAUAUACCAACACGAGUUCGCGAGCGACGAUAGGCCUCGGUUCAAACGUGAGACACCACCAGACAUGUACCAACACGAGUUGGUGAGCGACGAUACACCCUGCGCCAAAGAAGAGAAGCCACCAAACAAACUACUAGAAUUACGUUUGAAGACAUCAGCUGUACUUAAAACUGUACCAGAUAAGGAUACACAUGUUACAUCGGAAGAAGAAGCUUAUUAUGAAGAAUGCAAACAAUAUUAUCGUGUUACCCGAAUGCCACUAGUUUCCAUUUCUGAUGGAAUUUUGAGCAAUAAUCUUCAACUAACAUCAGCAGCAUUAAAGUUUGCGAUCGAUGAAGAUUAUAAUGAGUUUAACAUACAAGAAUUUUUGAAUAAAGUUUGCAAUAUAUUAAAUAUCAAUAUAAGUGAUAUCGAUAUUAGAAAAAUUCAGGAAGGUUGUAUUGUAUUGGAACUGGAAUUUUGGAAAAAUAUUGGUGCUGCAAUUAAAAGAAUUAAAAUCCAAGCUCUAUACCAUUCACUUACGGACAAAUUGCUAGAAGAAAUGGGUAAACUGAAAGUUUUUUUUAUGUUUAUGGGUGAUAUUGUAUCAUUCGCAAACACACAAAGAUUUCGUAAGCAAAUUAAAUUACAUCUUCAAUGGAAUCGUAUAUAUGGUAUAGGUCAUACAUAUUGGAACGGUGCUCUUCAGGAUGGGCAAGAUCGUGGUCCUCAUCCAUAUUAUUGUCCUGCUGGAUGGAAAAGAUAUGCUUUGCAUGUUAGUGAAAACUAUGAUGAAAAAUUUAAAGGAUGGUGUUUUUGCUAUCAUGGUACAAAAUUUGCAUAUGGCUUAUCUAUUCUAUUAAGCGGAUUAAAACCAGCAACAGCUACAGCACAUGGCCAAGGAAUAUAUGCUAGUCUAUCAAUUGUCUAUGUAUGUCAUCCACGAUAUUCUGAAGUUAAAAAAAUUGAAUCAUCCGAACAAAAUAACUUCUUUAGACGUGGUAAAUACGUACAAUUUGUAUUACAAUGUAGAGUACAUCCAUCAAAUAUAAAAAGAAUAAGACAGGAAACAUUGGGUGCUGGUAACACCAUUAUUGAUCCCAAUGUAAAAAAUAAUAUUAUCGAAUGGGUUGUUGAUACAAAAGGCAAAGAUAUAGCAGAUUUUAAUGAUCCAGAUGCUACUAUUGUUUGUACAGGUUUGAUGUUACGAGUAACUGAUAAUCAUCCUGGUUUAUUACCGGACUCGCAAUGGUGGCAUACAUCACAUUUAUGUAAUAAUAAAAAUUGCUGUGCCUUAGGUAUUGACCAUACUGUUUUAAAAAAUCAAAAAAUCAAUGGAGAUAGAUGUAAUAUUGUUCACGAAUAA